AGGGCUUUUAUUUUGACAGCUGUACUCUUACCCGGAAAAUACUGUCUGUAGCAGCACUUGGAUCGUCGGUAGUCAAAGGUCCAGACCGGUCAUUUGACUAAUUCUACCUCUGUACAACCUCAUUCAAUCAAUUUUGCAUGAACUGCAGGGUGAUGUUUAGGAGUGUAUUCAGGUGCCUUAGGACCAAUCCUGUUGCCAGCCAAAGGACUAUGUCUCAAAGCAGCCUUGCUGGAAAGGUAGCCAUAGUGACUGCCUCCACAGAUGGAAUCGGUCUAGCCGCAGCUCAGGCUCUGGGGAAGAGAGGAGCACACGUGGUGGUGAGCAGCCGACGGCAGGCCAACGUGGACAAGGCUGUGUCACUGCUGAAGAGCCAGAGCAUCCAAGUGACUGGGACCACGUGUAAUGUUGGCAAGGAAGAAGACAGAGAGAAACUGGUUCAAAUGACUCUGGAUCAGUGCGGGGGCAUCGACAUCCUGGUAUCCAACGCAGCAGUCAACCCUUUCUUUGGAAACAUCAUGGACUCCACAGAGGACGUCUGGGACAAGAUCCUGUCUAUAAAUGUGAAAUCAGCCUUCCUCAUGACGAAGCUAGUGGUGCCUCACAUGGUGAAGAGAGGAGGGGGGAAUGUGGUAUUUGUGUCAUCGGUGGCAGCAUACCAACCAAUGCAGGCCCUGGGUCCUUACAGUGUGAGUAAGACAGCACUGCUGGGUCUGACCCGGGCGCUGGCUCCCGAGCUGGCUCACAGUAACAUAAGAGUCAACUGCGUGGCCCCCGGUGUUAUCAAGACCCGCUUCAGCUCUGCGUUAUGGUCAAACGAAGACAUCAUGGAUGAGUUCAAAAAGCAGCUCAGCAUUAAAAGAAUUGGAGAGCCGGAGGAAAUUGGUGGAGUGAUUGCUUUCUUGUGCUCUGAGGAGGCUUCCUACAUCACUGGAGAGACCAUCACAGUGACUGGAGGGAUGGCAUGUCGACUCUGAAUAUCACAUUUGCAUUUGAUUGUGUGUGUGUUCCAGUGUAAAUAUACAGUAUGUCCUGAUUAUAUUUUGAUUACCUCCACUACUCAUGUGAAGUGCACAGCCAGAUUAAAGCUGGACUAGAUUAAUGCUUAAGAAACCUUAAUAUCACCUUAAUAUAACCAAUUAUUAAAGAUUUUGGGGUCUUUUAA